AUGUGGUUUCAGAGAAUUACCCUUUUGCUUCUCAUUCUGACCACUGCCACCGCAGCUUUUUUGCAGAACCCAGAUUUUGAAUCUCCUCCGUUGAACUUGCCGGAAAACUCAAACUCGAGUUCUUCAACGUUUGUGUUGUUGGGACAAAACAGCACAGUCCCUGGAUGGACAUAUCAAGGAACUGUCCAACAAAACUACAGUAAGCAUCCGUGGCAAAGUUAUGGUCAUAACUUGGGUACCUGGGGGAACGAUGAACCUAUCAACCUUGUUCUUGAAAGCCAGACAACGGAUUCAGACACAAACUCCUCAUGCUGGCCGAUCAUUGAUACAAUGCUCAUCAAGACUGUUGGUGUAACCCUUGUUCCAGACAAUGGUAACCUAUUGCUCAACGGUGGAUUUGAAUCUGGACCGGGAUUCUUACCCAACUCAACCGAGGGAGUUUUACUUGACAGUGCACCAAGUGUAGUGCAAUUGGCAUUAAGGCAGUGGACUGUCAUGGGAACAGUCAGAUACAUAAACUUCCAUGUACCAGAGGGCAAAGCUGCAAUAGAGAUUCUAUCUGCAUCUGGCAUACAAACAGCAGCACGACAGCUAAGUGAAAGAUCAAGAUACAAUCUCACAUUUACCUUGGGAGAUGCCAAUGAUGGGUGCGAAGGAGAUUUUCUGGUGGGUGUUGAAGCAGGAUCAUCUGCUCAGAAUUUCACGGUUAAGAGCAAGGCGAUUGGGUUCAGCCUGGUGUUUGAAUCAACAGACGAACCCAGAACGCAGAUCAUUUUCACCAGCUACUCUGCCGCACACACAAAAGAUGGUGUUCUUUGUGGUCCAGUGGUAGAUGAAGUGAUCUUACAUCCACUUGGUGGUGGAUCGGCCUCUAUAAAACCUGCAUGGUUACUCGUUUUCGCUUUGUUUUGUAUAGCAAGCCUCUGA